GCCUCCAUUGUGAGUCCGGAUUCCUUUCCAGGCUGAGCCGCUGCUGCUCCGCGGGGUGUGUGCGGGGAGAGCCCUUCCCUAGCGCCCCUCUGUGCCCAGCCGGGGGGGACUUUCUCCGGGAGCUGGAACCAGCCCCGGGGGCAGCCCUGGGCUCUGCCGACAUCAGCCCCGGAUCUGGAGCCUGCAGGCUGCAGAACCACGUCCGUGCUUGGCUACGGAUUGCCCUGUCUGCUGGGGAACGGGGAAGGGACAUGGCUGCAGCGGAUCAUGCUCAGGGGUCGGUGACCUUCGAGGAGAUGUCUGUGUAUUUCCCUGAGGGGCAGUGGGCUCUGCUGGAUCCACAUCACAGAGUUCUUUACAGGAACCUCCUGGGGUUUCCUGUUCCCAAGCCCAGUGAGAUCUCCCGGCUGAACCAAGGGGAAGAGCCAUGGGGCCCAGAUUUCCAGGGCUCUGAAGAAAGGGGGAUCCUUAGAAGCAGCCACACAGCAGGAGACGGGAUGGGCAGUGAGAACGAGGAGGAGAACUCUCAGCUGGAAGGUCCUGAGCUAGUGCAACCGCACAGGAGGAUGUCAGGAAGAGCUGAAGGGAACGUUUCCCAGAGCCCUGAGCAGGGAGAAGCCUGGGAGAGUCAGCACAGACUGCAAAGGCAGCCAGGAACCCAGCCAGGGAAAGGAUUGGAUAAAUCGUGUCACAGGCCCGUGGUCACCACCCACCAGAGAAUCCCCAAUGAAGAGAGACCGACCAUCUGUGAGGAAUGUGGCAGAAGCUUCAGUCGCAGCUCAAACCUGAUUGUCCAUCAGAGACUCCACGCCGGAGAGAAACCCUAUAAAUGUCUGGACUGUGGGAAAAGCUUCAGCCGGAGCUCCCACCUGAUCACUCAUCAGAGACUGCACACGGGGGAGAAGCCCUACAAGUGCCCCAACUGUGGGAAAAGCUUCAGUGACAGCUCCACCCUCAUCACCCACCAGAGACUCCACACCGGAGAGAAACCCUACAAAUGCCCUGACUGUGGGAAAGGCUUCAACCAGAGCUCCAACCUCACUUCCCACCAGAGAACCCACACAGGGGAGAGACCCUACAAGUGCCCCGAGUGCGGGAAAAGCUUCAGUGUCAGCUCCUACCUCAUCAGGCACCAGAAAAUUCACACGGGGGAGAGACCCUACAAAUGUGAGGAGUGUGAGAAGAGCUUCAGUCAGAGCUCCAGUCUUAUCAAUCACCAGCGAGUGCACACCGGAGAGAAACCCUAUAAGUGCAUUGAUUGUAACAAAUGGUUCAGGAACAGCUCGGACCUGAUUAGACACCAGAGAACCCACACAGGAGAAAGACCGUAUCGGUGCCCCGACUGCGGGAAAAGCUUCAAUCGCAGCUCAAACCUCAUGACGCACCAGAGGAUCCACACGGGAGAGAAGCCCUACGAAUGCCCCGAGUGCAGGAGGAGCUUCACUGUGAGCUCAGCCCUGAUCAAACACCAGAGGACUCACCGGGAGGAGAAGCCUUACGACUGCCCUGAUUGCGGGAAAAGCUUCAUUCGCUGGGCGCAGCUGCAGCAUUUGAAAAUCCACACAGGAGAAAAACCCUACAAGUGCCCUGACUGCGAGAAACGCUUCAGCCUGCGUGGAAACCUCAUUGCACAUUACAGAAUCCACACAGGAGAGAAAUUCUACACAUGCACUGACUGCGGGGAAAGCUUCAGUCUCAGCUCAGACCUCACAAAAUAUCAGAGAAACCACUUGGGAGAAAAACCCUACACCUGCAGUGAGUGCGGGAAAAGCUUCAGACUCCGCUCCCACCCCAUUGCACAUCAGGGAAUCCACAGGGGAGAGAGACCCUAUAAGUGCCCCGAGUGUGGGAAAAGCUUCAAACACAGCUCAUCGGUUAUCAGACAUGAGAGAAUCCACACAGCAGAGAAGCCCUAUAAAUGCCCCGACUGCGGGAAAAGCUUUAGCCAGAGCUGGUACCUUAUUACCCAUCAGAGAAGCCACACAAGAGUGAAGCCCCACACAUGCUCCCUGUGCGGGAAAAGCUUCCGCCAGAGCUCGCACUUUAUUUCACACCAGCGAACUCACAUGGGGGAGAGCGCCUAUAAAUGCCCCCAGUGUGAGAAAAGCUUCAAUCAGAAGUGGAACCUUAUUAAACAUCAGAGAACCCACACGGGCGAAAAGCCCCACAAAUGUCCCGAGUGCGGGAAAAGCUUUGGUCAGCGCUCACACCUGGAUUCACACCAGAGGACCCACACAGGCGAAAAACCCUGUGAAUGUCCCAAGUGCGGGAAAAGCUUUGGUUGGCACUCCAACCUUAUUGCACAUCAGAGAGUCCACACAGGAGAGAGACCGUAUAAAUGCCUGACCUGUGGAAAAAGCUUCCGAUACAGCUCAGACCUCAGUAAACAUCAGAAAAAACACAUGGGAGAGAAACCCUAAAAAUGCAAUGAGGGCACGUCUCAGAGCAGACUUUAAUACAUAUCAGAGAAUCCACACAGGACACAAACCCUAGAGGGGUCCUGGAUAGGGAUGGGCCAUGUGGAUAACACCUUUACCGAUUCCCAUGAAUCUGAGUGUCAGGCCAGGCUGGAGUGGCCACGUAACAAGGACAUGUAACAGUUAUUAAAGCAGAGAAUAAAAUCACCUUCCUGGAAGGGAGUCCUGUAGAGCAAGAGACUGAGACGUUGUGAUGGGAUUUGAUUCUCACUUCUCAAGGAAGCUCUGAGUGUCCCCUCUUCAGCUCCUACAUUUAAGUUUGGUACUAGGAACCUAGAACAAUCUUUAUCUUGUAACUUCUGGUUUAUUCUUUCCGGUGUUUUAUUUAAUGGAAUUGAUACGUACAGGAGCAAUGUUGGACUCAGGUUCAAAACAUCCUAUCCUGGGCUCUGGGCACUGAGUCAAGGCGAUGGUUUAAUUAUGAUUUUUCUUGAUUUGAACAAGGAGGAAUGAGGUAGAUCCCAGUUUCUCAAAUGCUCAGAGUCCUUUAUCUGGAGAAGACAAGAGUGUGAAAAUUGAUCUUUGUGGGCUGAAAUGGGGCCUCCAGGAAAGUCUCUUUAAGGGUUUAUUUUAUACUGUACAAUCUAGCAGCUAGAAGAACAGGAGUACUUGUGGCACCUUAGAGACUAACAAAUUU